GACUUCAUGCUGAGCAGAUGCAUUGAACAUUUCCCAGUUGUUAUUCAUUGUAAUAUGACACCCUUGAGGAAGAAGUUGAUAGAUCUGCUACGUAAACGAAAGUAAAAGGAAUUAAAGGGUUGUGGAAAGGUAAAGCAGGUUUCACAGCACCUCCAGUAAGAAAGUAAAUGUACUGAGUUUAAGAAGUAAAGCAGAUAUUUUUAUUACUACAAUUUUUAAGUUGACACUUCUAUUGGCUGAAAGCUGACUUGAGUCAUGGCAGACGCUCUGUCUUUCCUGGAAGAGGACUUGACAUGCAUCAUCUGUUGUGAGGUCUUCACCGAUCCGGUCACUCUGAAAUGUAGCCACAGUUUGUGUGAGAAAUGUCUCCAGCGUUUCUGGACGACUCAGGACGUGCCGCGGUGUCCAGUCUGUCGGAAGGAAUGCUCUCACGACGAACCCACCAAGAGCCUGGCGUUCAGAGCACUCUGUGAGACCUUCAAGAAGAGGAAACCCUCCGCUGUUUCAGGAGACGUUUGUCCAGAACAUAAAGAGGAACUCAAACUCUUCUGCUUUAAGGACCAGCAGCCCAUCUGUUUGGUCUGUUACACGUCAAAGAAGCAUGAAAAGCACAAGUGUUCUCCUGUCGACGAGGCCGCUGGGAAUUUAAAGAGAGAUCUCAAGACUCAAAUGGACAGACUUCAGGAGGCACUCGCAGACCUCAAGAAAGCCCGUGAGAGCUGUGUGAAACAGGCUGAGCUCCUAGAGGAACACGCUAGAAUGGAUGAAAACCAGAUCAAGAAGGAAUUUGAGAAGCUCCAUCAGUUUCUUCGAGACGAGGAGGAGAAACACAUCAGAUCCUUGCGUAAAGAAAUUCAACUUCUAGAUGAGAAUCUCAAGGACAGAACGGAGGAGUUGUCCGCACAGAUAUCAGAUAUGUGUGAGAAUAUGGCAGGCGUCUGGCAGGACAUGGAAGAAGAAAACAUCACAUUUCUCCAGAAUUACAAUGAUACAGUAAAAAGACUCCAGCACCCAUCAGUACCACACACAACCCCUGAACUACAGGAGUAUCAACACUAUCCCGUUCAGACUGUGAUCUUCACCACCUGGGCCAGGAUGCAGAACCUUGUGGAACAGCCUCCUGUGACUCUGGAUCCAGACACAGCCUCCAGUAAACUGCUGGUGUCAGAAGAUUGCACAAGUGUUGAGUAUUUAGAAAUUAAAAUGAUUAUGUGUGAUAACCCAGAGAGGCUGUAUGUGGGAGUGCUGGCGUCGCAGGGCUUCAGCUCAGGUGUGCACUGCUGGGACGUCGAGGUAAGAGACAAUGACCACUGGACUCUGGGAGUGGUUGGGGAAACCGUGAACCGCAAAAGACUUUAUAAAAUGGACCCGAAGAGUCGUUUUUGGUGUUUUCGUUACGUGAAUGGUACAUACAAGAAAGGAAGUAAACCUCUCAGUGAUAUUGAUAGCAAUGAAUGCCCAGAUGUCAUCCGACUGCAGCUGGACUUUGAUGAAGGAGAGCUGAGAUUCAUCGACCCUUUCAGAAACAGGGUUUUGUGCACCUACACCGGUGGAUUUCCAGAGAAGGUGUUCCCAUAUUUCUGUAGCGGAGAUGUGGAGACACCACUUACUGUUUUCCCGGCAAAUAGACAAAAAACUGUAAAUACCAACUAAUGUUUUUUUUAAAACACAUUGUGUUUAUGCACGUGCCAAGAUAAUAAUCAAAAGGAAUUAUGUUUUAAUGCAGUGUGACUUGACUGUGAACAUUAUUCUCGGGGUCACUGUAUGUGAAUUUAUAUGGCUAUGCGUUUUUUGUUGCGGCCGCCAUCUUUAGGACCUUGCGUUGCCUCACGUCAGUGAUUGGAAACUGAAUUAACACUCCGCCAAACAAUAGAAAACAAUGGAAUUAAAAAAUAAAAUAGAUACUUUAGGAUUAGAUUUUAAACUAUAUUCUAAUCUGACUGCUUUUUAAUAUGACCUCGAAUUUAGAUUGUCAUAGGAAUUGGUUGCUUGACCAUUCUAGUUAUUAUUAUUCUGAUAUUUGAUUAUUCUUUUCUUUCGUUUGGGUGCUCAAAGGGCUUUAGCGUAUCUCAUGGUCACGAGGUAAUUGGCUAAUACUUUAGAAAGCCGCUCCUAUGCUUGCUCAUUCAAAAAGUACUUUUAUUAGCACCCAUAGAUUUGUACACAACUGAAUAAAGCAAUAUUACUUUUAGUCAGAGGUCUCAACCACUACUAUAGAUAUAAGCUGACCAACAUUACUUUCUCUGAUAUUAGUUUUGGUAUGGUCAUGCCAUGGCUUCCCAUGUACACUUAGCUAGUAAUAUUACAAUUUAGGUUGGUCGAACAAUAUCUAGUUGACCUAAACAGAAAUUCCCUAUGAGCCCUUACAAUCUAAAUACACAGUAUGAAGUGUGUGGACAGGACACUACUGUAUUGAAGCACAUGUUGUUUGAAAGACGCUUUAUUUAUGUUCAUUCACUCAUUUAAUUCUAGCACAUUAAGUGGCUGUGUCAAUUAUGUUUGAAAUGUAAAGUGUGUAUGUAUCAUCCUAAUUAAAGAGAGAGUUUACUUAAAAAUUAAAAUCAUUUAUUUCCUUUAUGUCGUAUACAUGUGUCAAACCUGUUGGUUUUGAUUAGCUACCAGCAUUCUUCAAAGCAUCUUCCUCUAAGUUCUGCAGAAAAACGAAACUCCGGAGAAAAUCAAGUUUUUUGUACCAGGGUGUAAACAAGUUUUGUUCUGCUGUAGAGUUGGGCAUUAUAAUAACAUGGGGAG